AUGGAAGCUGUCAGAGUUAGAAAGCCCAAGUUAAAGACUGAUGAAAUUAUUUCUCGGUUAGAAUCAGUUAUUGUACCUGACGAUCCUCUUCCAGUUGAAGAUGAGGUCUUAACCAGUUCUCAGCCAUUAGUUUCUGGACCCAAUAUUUUAUCAAGAAAUGAGGAUAACGCAGUUACAUCAGUUUUCUCUUCCGGCGAGUUUCUGGCUCCUAAGGGCUCAAACCGUUUAUAUCCUUCCCUGGAUGAACAUUUUGCAACGGACGUAGAAGAAAAUCAGUCAGCUGAUCAUGAAGCUGAAUCGCUUGUUGAAGAUAUUCAACAAAACAAAGUCGAAGCAUCUGCACCAGACUUGCCCAUGAGUUCAUCUGUCGAAGGAGAUUCGGUGUUUGAUAGUUUCCCCCCUCCACUUAGCUCGGAGCAUUUGAGAAACUUGUAUAUAAAUCGUUCACUUGACCUGUUAAAUGAAACAGAAAAUAAUUUUCUCAAAGACUCCGAGUUUGAACUCCUGACAGCCCCGGACUCAAGUGGAUUCAAUAUUCCCGAUGAUCCAUUUUACCUACUUCUUUGUAAAUAUGCCGAUAAUUGGGGAAAAUGGUUACAGGCACUUAAACGUCUAAGCAAGGUGCUUAAAGAAUCGUCUGGAAUGGAAGCGUCAGCCUGGAAAGUGACGAAACACACCCACAGUGUAGAUAGUAAAUGUCAAGACAAGAGGACAGUUUGUCUGAAAUACGAGUAUGAAAAAGCCACAUUGAUUCAGUCUGUACUCAGUGAAUUAAAAGAGACAAGUGAAGUGACGCAUUGGAUUAUUUUCGAGGAAAUUCCCCUUGUUGCGUAUAAACUAGUUCAAUGCAGAAAUCGUAUUGAAGAAUAUUUAGCAAACAUUUUAACACAGUGUUCAAUUUAUGAGAAUUUGACUUCAUCACAACCGGGAACAUUGAUCGGUUCAAAAGUUGACUCUGCACAUCUAGUUCAACUAAAUGAAAUGCGAUCAACCUGCUCUAUUCUCUUUGCUUGUUUGCGUCAAUUUUGGUCAAAUCAAUAUGCUGGUCGUACUCAUGAUCCGACAUUUCUCAAACAUUUAUCAAAUUGGUUAAUUUUAACUGCUGGUGUAACUGUUCGUGCUUGUAGACCGGAAGAUCACAUUUUUAUUUUAAUGCAAUUAUUACGUUUACCAUCACAGUUAAUCAAGUUAUUCGCAUGUUUACUACAACCUCCAGAUCCAAUUAUUGCUUGGGAAAGAACAAAAAAUCUUUUGGAAUUUUUAAAUCAACCAGAAGUUGAACUUAUACUGACAUUAUUUGCAAUUUGUUUACGUCCUGUCCGAGAACGCGCACGUUUUGUUACGCCUGUAAACAUCGGAUCAUGUAAGCAACAGACGGAUUCAUCAAUCAGUCAAAAUGAUACAAUUUGGACAACGGUUGAUUCAGCUGGUGAAAGCGAUAUAGAAGAACCCGAGGGGAUUGAAGUUAACAAGAAGAAUAAAAAUCCCAUCAGUACACAAUAUGAUAUUUGUAUUCUUUUGUCCGAUUAUAAUUCUAAUCUAGAAUCAUGUACAUAUUUAAAUCCGAAGGAUUUAAACUGUUUGCUUGGUCAAUUAAGAAUUGAACGUGUUUUACAACUCUUAGCUUACGAUUACAUACCAAAAUGUGAAAAUAUUCAGCAUUUUUCAGUUAAUGAAUCUGGAUUUAUGACUUCAAUUGCAUUUGCUGAUCGUGUGCUUAGCCUAGUUGAAGCAUGUGAAAAAAUAUAUUCAGACUACGUUCUACCACCAGGUCCACAAACGCAUUUAGGUUCAUGGCGCUCGUUGGCUAAACGACUAGCACGUCUUAUCAGGUUAUUACUUAUAUCAAUUGGAUUUCGUAUACAAACUAUUGUAUAUCAACAACAAUAUCACCAUGUACAAAAUUCUCAACAAUUUGCAUUAAUCUUAUCACAAUAUGAUUCAUUGUGUAUUCGUGCAGUGAAUUGUCUUCUAUUGUCUGGUAGUGGUCUGCCUGACGCUUAUCAAAAAGCCGGUCAACUUACAUGUUGGCGUAAUUUAGCGUGCACACUACCAUUGGGCUUGACCAUGGUUAAAACCAAAAAGGAAUUAUUUUAUAUUCUUUUAAAGUCAAUUUUACAAAAUAAUGACAAAAGUAAUACUCAUAAUAAAAUUAAUGAAGAUUCGGUUCAUACUUUGAUGAAAGAAUAUAUCAUGGAUAAUACUGACGAUUUGGAAAAUGUUUUACCUAAUUUGAUAUUGAAUAAAUUACAUCGUGUUUUAUUAUUAAUGGGAUUUAACGAGCUUGGUCUUUCAGUAGUGAUUAAUGUAUUGGGUAAAUUAGCCUCUCUGGAAUGUCGUCCAAGAAUGAUAUAUAAUAAUAUGCCUACAACGGAACCAGUGAAUACAUCGUAUAGAUAUGAAUUACCUGAAGAUGAAGUUUCACUAAUCAAGUGUAUUAUGCGUAUUAUAUUUGGGUUAUCUGUCUAUCAUAGACCGAAUGAUUUGAUUAAUCGAAAAGACAAUAAGAUUAACAUUAAACAUUCUGCAUCAUCUGAUACUUCGGAUUCUUCCAUUACUGUUCUCUCAUUAUUGCCUAUAUCACCAAAAUAUGGAUGUAAGCAAUUAAUUGAAAUGUCGAAUAAACAUCCACAAAUAUGCUUACAUUUACUUUAUAGUCUUAUUAUUGAAAGUGCAUUAGAUUUAACAACGAAUCCAUUAUUAACAUUAAAACUACAUGAUAGAAUAAGUCAAUUGAAUUUAUGCUUUAGUGAUCAGUACGUGCGGGUGGAAGAUAUUUUACUUCAAUUAGUCAUUGAAGCACCAUUUCAUAUUAUGCAACCAAAUAACAAAGAAGUAGAAUUUCUAAUCAAUUCACUUAGUCGUUAUGAAGCGAAUUGUUUUCUACACAAAUUAUGUCGUUUGUUUUUAUCACGUUUCAGCUGGGAUGCAUUCAAGGAUCUUCAGUCACAAGAACCAUUUAUUCCACUCAAAUUGCAUUUGGAUAUGGCUUUGGGAUUAUGUGAAAUUGUAGAUAAACACAUGUCUGAUCUAUCACAUUUUCAUUUACCUAAAUUAAUUAACCGGAAAUUGGUGUCGAAUGUGUAUAAAUCUGCGAAAUCUUCUGUGAAUGUAUUAACCGCCACAUUGACUGAUCAAUUUCUUUCGUCUUUGCACAUUAGUCAACAACGAUUGCGAAUUAAAUCAAGCGGUUUGAAUAGACUAACAAAUGUUGCAUCAGAGUUAUCACGCCGUACUCAUAGUGUAGAAAAUAUCCCCGUUUCAUCAUCAUUCUUAUCAAAUCCUGAUCAGAGUUUAUCCACUAUAAAAGAUAUAAUCGAUUGGGCUGCAGAAUUAUUACUACGCUUAAUUAUUCCCGGUUCAAAAUAUGAUCAGAACUACUUAAUCGGUACAGAUUCGUCCAAACUUAAAGAAUACAUUGAUCAAAUCUGGUUCAAAUUAAAUGCCUUGAUUCAAAAAAUAAAUAUGAUCAGAAAAGAUCAUCAACAACAUCAUUAUUGA